CGGCUGGUGACCGGGGGACUUUCCCGAGAAGCCGCGCAGGGACGAGCGCGCAGUGCUCCAGCCGCACUGGGUGGCCAAGGCAGGAGGAAACUUGCCUUCUCAUUUGAGGGAUCCUGUCACAGAAAUGUGUGAGUCCUUGGAUAAAUUUGGCUUGGUGACGGCAAUGCUUUCUUCAGAGACACUGCCACUUCCUCCAGUCUCCUUUUCUCCCCUGACCUAAGUUUCCCAGUGUUAAUCCCUGUGAUAAAUCAGAAUUUGCCCUUUCACACUUUCCUGCCACUAGGUAUCCUCUCCUUUCUUUUACCCCUUUUAGGAGGAACCAGGGCUGAAGUGUCAACAAGUGUGGCUGCAGAGGAGAUGCGGGCCUCAGGAGCAGUACUCCUGGUAGAGCAGCCUUAGCUCCUGUGAGGUUCUCAUCUAACUGUGUUGCUAUUGGCAGAAUUUCCAGAAGCUGCUGGGGGAUGUCUGACUAGCUCCGAUGGAGCUCCACUAUCUUGCUAAGGAGAGCAGCCAGGCAGCCCUGUGUGAUGCUGCGGACUGGAGUUCAGGAGGGCCUCCUGGUGACCAGGCAGAUGCCGCUGCCACCAGAGCUGCUCUCUGCUGGCAGAGACACUGUACCUCGACACCAAGAUCAGCCCAGAUGGAAAGGUCUAAGCUUAGUUCUUCUCUAGCAUCCCCCUCCUCCCCUCUGCAAGACAGUGUCAUUCAGCCAGACUCCUUGCCACCAGGACCUCUCAACAACUCAGGGAACAACCAGAUAGCAGCAGAACGGAAAGUAUGCAACUGCUGCAGCCAGGAAUUAGAAACUUCUUUUACUUACGUGGACGAGAAUGUCAACUUGGAGCAGAGGAACCGGAGCUCCCCUUCAGCAAAAGGGAAUAAUCACUCUGGAGACCUUGGCUGGGGAAAUCCAAAUGAGUGGUCCCAUGAGGCUGCCAUAUCCUUAAUAUCCGAAGAUGAAGAUGAUACAAGUUCAGAAGCCACAUCUUCGGGGAAGUCAGUAGACUAUGGUUUCAUCAGCGCCAUCUUGUUCUUAGUCACUGGCAUCUUGCUGGUGAUCAUCUCUUACAUUGUCCCACGGGAAGUGACUGUGGAUCCCAACACUGUGGCCGCCCGGGAGAUGGAACGCCUGGAGAAGGAGAGCGCGAGGCUAGGGGCUCACCUGGACCGCUGUGUGAUUGCUGGACUCUGCCUGCUCACACUGGGGGGGGUCGUUCUGUCUUGUUUGCUAAUGAUGUCUAUGUGGAAGGGGGAGCUCUAUCGUCGCAACAGGUUUGCCUCUUCCAAAGAGUCUGCAAAACUCUAUGGUUCUUUCAACUUCAGGAUGAAAACCAGUGCUAAUGAAAACACCCUGGAACUAUCCUUGGUAGAGGAAGAUGCUCUCGCUGUACAGAGUUAAUUCUGGUUGUGAACUCCUUGAGAGUCUGCCUUGGCAUUUUGUAUGAAAAAAAAUCCAACAUAUUUCUUAAAAUUAAUAGUGCAGUUUAUUUGCCUGGGAAGAAAAGUUUAUUUCCCAAACUAACAGCCAGUGAGUGUUUUUGUUCUCUCUCUACUUUUUAUUUAGAAAAAAAGCCAUAAGAUGCAUUAAGACACAACCAGUGACGCUUGUCCUUCUAAAGAGCUGAGACUAAUUAAUCUGUAUUGGCCCUCAGCUUCUACUUUAUAGCAAAAUAGAUCUAAUGACCCAGUGUACAAAUGGUUUCUUUUACACCAUAUGGGAUAUUCUUUGGAUACUAGGAGGUCCAACACACAAUAGGAUCAAUUAGUAACCUAUUUUUUGAAAAAGAACUGAAGCACUAAUCACAUAAUAAGGCUUAUAUUUAAUUCUCAAAAGUGCUUAUUCAUUUUCUUGCUAAAUUUUUUCUUCCUGUAAUUUGGCUAAGGGUUUUGAGUUUAAACAUUUUGAAGCUUGAGGAUGUUGACUAUUAAGGGAAAAAAAUGUAUAAAUACAUUUGUUAUAGUUAAAAUUAUUCCUGCACUCAGAAGUGGUAACUAAGUCAUUAGAAUAAACUUUCUAGUAAAAGAAAAUUAUGUAAAUCAUUAUAAGACCAGUCUGAAUUUAACCUGGAAUGGCGAUGCCAGAUAUUAGCCAGUGUCGCAUGCCCAUUUUCUAGAUGAAGUAAAAUUAGUUGCUGAUAUAAAUUUCAUUUUCUGUUUGUGGUUUAGCCAUCAUAUGGUUACUUAUGCUCUUGAAGUCUUUCUUGGUUCUCACACCAGAGAGGCAAAGUGUAAGACAUUUUUAAUAUAAUUCCAGACACUUAAACGUCUAGGCAGGUCUGAGUCAUGACUGGCUCAGGCUCGUUCCCAGGUGACACUUUGUUGUUGUUGUUUGGAGAAAACCUCCAGUGCAAUUGCAGCUAGACUCUUGGGGACUGUGCCCACAAGCAGGUGUCACUUGCUCUAGGCCAAGCAACAAGCCAUUGCCCCAGGAUGGCAGCAGUCCUGAAGCCCACAGCCAAAAAAUUAAAAUGAGAAAACAGAGAAAGGUUAAGCUCACUGAUUCAGUGGGCACUGCACUCCUCACCAGGACUCAGCUCCCCCUAACGAUGGUCUAGGCAUCAUUCUGCGCACAUUAUAUCCAGGCCCUUAGUAACUGGGAGAUCUUGCCUCAUGAAGUUCAAACUUGCUUGAUGAGAGGCAUGAUGAGCAAAGUAGUCACAACUUUGCAAAACACACACCCAGCAUCCUCACUAACACACUGUCUCCAUACAGUUAUGGUUCAGGAAGGUGGGGGGGGAAUAUCAGAAAUAUCUUGCAUUUUGCAACUACUCCUUGAGGUGUUUCCAACCUCCCACUGCAAGAGUGGUUUUAACUUCCAUUUCUGUGUUACCAGGAUUAGUGGGGUCAUUCUUCAAGAGGACCAGAGCUGGAAAUUGGGGUGGGAGGGCAGGGAUGGGGAAGUAAGAAGGUGAUUUCUUUGUAGAUUCUAAAGCCUAAUUCUAACGUCUGAAGUUUUCGUUGUUAUUGAGGACUGUGGAAUACGUGGGUGACUGGCUGGCGGAGUGUGUGAGUCAGGAUAUUUAUGUGAGUGAGGUCUUGCUGGUGUCAGAGAUCGAUUUGAUAAGUUAGGUACACUGUGUUACUAAGGGUUAAGAUGAAAUGCAGAAAGGAGGAUCAGAGGAUACUAAAAAUAGAGAGGACAGGUAUGUGAAAGAAUUAGUAAGUAAAAAAGAAAUUAUAUGGGCAUCAGAGGAAGCUAGAUGUAACUUAAUUACCUUACCACAGACUAUUAUUGAUUCGGAAAUAAUUGGGACAAUAUAAACAUGAUUUUUGUUUUCUCUUGCUGGUUCUUUGUGCUUUUUGAGCAAACUUUUUGUUUUACUGUGAUUCUCUGUCAUGGUUUGUGUUGAGGCCAGCUUACCAGCGGUACAAAUUUCAUAUUCUGAAGGUUUAUCAAUUGUCAGGUUCUUGCUGGCUUGAGGACCCACUUUGGAUGAUGUUGAGGCAAUAGGGAAAUGAUCUUCUUGGCAGACUGAAUAGGCCUAAGCUAUGUGUUGUUUUAAAAAAUACAUGCUUAUACAUAGAAGGAUUAGCUGAGGGAGAUCAGUUGAGUUUUGUUUUCGUUUAUUGGUGAAACAGGAUUAAUUGCCACAUUGCAGGCUAAACUGAAUUAAUGUGCGGCCCCAUUUUCAGCUUAUAAAGGCAGACAAAUUUGAGAAUCAAGUGUUAGGAAAUUUUUUCAAUUCUGUUAAACUGAUGAUAAAGGAGAAAAAGCCAAAGAUGUUCAUUCAGAAGCGUUUAAUGAAUCUUGCAGUGGUACCAAAUUAUAUAUAGUUCUGAUGUGAUCUAAAGGAUAUAUAUACACAUCUAUACAGAUAUAUAUAUAUACAUCUUCCAAUAUAUAUGUAUCUACUUAUCCCAAUUAGGAAAAGAAAGUAUAAAAUAUUCAGGGGGAAAAAAGACCUAACAAAUCAGAAUAUAUUUCUUCUUUUCCUUCCUUAAAAUUUUAAAAUUGAAAUAUAGUAAGUAAAUGCUUACUUUCAACAACAUUAUUUAAAUCUGCUCAUAUAUAGGGCACAUCUCUUUUAAGGCCCACCAUUACACCAAAAAGAAGCAAUUCAGAAAAUCCUCUGGAAAUGUCCUUUAGCGCUAUGUUGAUGUAAUUCAGAUAACUGCCUUAACCAACUUUUCCCUGGUAUUCUGUUGUGCAGCCCUAGUCCCCAUCCUGUCAGUGCCCGAAUUCAAGAUGAAAAUUAGUUGAAUUUAAGAUCAUGGUAGCACAGACAACAAAAACCCCUGAACUUUAGACCCUUUGUUUCCAAUCUGACAGAGAGGGGUUGUGGCUCUAAAUAUAUUUAUUGAGAAUUACUUUGGCAAGGUCAGGUGAUAAAUGUUACAGACAUUGAACAGACGAUAGCUAUGGUGUUGGUCUUGGAUUCUUCAUGGAGAUUUGUGACCUUACAUCUCUCUCUUUAACCUGGGGCUGGUUGUUAUCUAUGAGAGUUCUUACUGCUAGACCUGGAGAAGCAAAACUCUUUUUUCAGAGGCCAUAGUUUAGGUCUUUAUUUACUAGGUUUUAGAAAACUAAACUCAGAGUCGCCUUCCUAAUCAUAAGAGAAGGCAGCUCAUUGUU